UUUGCGCCAAAACGAGGACAAACGGAUGUACACUAAACCGGCGUGAGAUCCGAAGUUGUCAAGUCAUUGGGAUCAUAAUACAACAUCUCAGCUGAAUUUAAGCCAUAAAAAUGAAGAUGAACAUAACUUCAGCAGCUGGAGUAAUAUCCCUGCUGGAUGAACCAGAGCCUCAGUUAAAGGUUUUUGCUUUAGAGAAACUCAAUAAGAUCGUUGAUGUCUUUUGGGCAGAGAUUUCUGAGGCUGUUGACAAGAUUGAGAUUCUGUAUGAAGAUAUAGGAUUUAAGAACAAAGAACUGGCAGCACUAGUCGCCUCAAAGGUAUACUACCAUUUGGGAGCUUUUGAGGAAUCACUGACUUAUGCCCUCGGAGCUGGUGGUCUAUUUAAUGUCAACGACACCACCGAAUAUGUGGAGACCACAAUUGCCAAGUGUAUUGACUUCUACACUAAAGGGAUGCAGGUGAACACAGACACCCACGGGGCUGACAAAAAGGAGAUUGACCCCCGCCUGGAGACCAUUGUCAAUAGGAUGUUCCAGAGGUGCUUCGAUGACAAACAGUACAAACAGGCUGUUGGAAUAGCCCUGGAGACACGCAGGAUCGACAUCUUCAGAAGGGCCAUCCUGGAAAGUGAUGAUGUGGCAGCAAUGUUGUCAUACAGCCUUAAAGUGUGCAUGUCUCUGAUACAACACCGACAGUUCAGGAAUGAAAUCCUCACAGUGCUCACCAAACUGUACAUGGAGUUAACCACACCAGACUACAUCAACGUCUGUCAGUGCUACAUUUUCUUGGAUGAUCCCCAGUCAGUGACAGAGAUCUUAGAAAAGUUGAUGCAAGGAUCUGAGAAUGACAUCCUGAUGGCAUACCAGAUCGCCUUCGACUUGUACGACAGUGCCACUCAGCAGUUCCUCCUGCGUGUGGGCAAUGGACUCCGCACCUCAGGUCAGGUAACGGGAACAGAGAAAGGGCGGAUUAUUGCCACCGUGACAGAGGGCAAGGAGGAGGAAAAAGAUGGAGAGUCUGGAGAGAUACAGCUAGGCAAGGUGGAACCAGAGAGUGAGGCUGAAGUAAAGGUACAAGACAACAUGAUGAAACUUAAGAAUAUCUUGUCUGGGGACGUGACGAUCAACCUCCAUCUCCAGUUCCUCAUCCGUAACAACAAGACAGACAUGCUUAUACUGAAAAAUACAAAGGAAGCGGUUCGUAAUUCUGUAUGCCAUACAGCUACAGUCAUUGCUAACUCAUACAUGCACUGUGGAACAACCUGUGAUCAAUUUCUCAGAGAUAAUUUGGAAUGGUUGGCAAGAGCAACAAAUUGGGCCAAAUUUUCAGCCACCGCCAGUUUAGGAACGAUACACAAGGGUCAUGAGAAGGAAGCACUAAAUUUAAUGUCAACAUAUUUACCUAAAGAUUCUGGGCCAGGAUCAGCCUACUCUGAAGGAGGCGGUUUAUAUGCUUUAGGUUUGAUACAUGCAAACCAUGGAGGAGAGAUUACAGAUUAUUUAUUAAAUCAGCUGAAAGAUGCAUCAACAGAUAUGGUGAGACAUGGAGGCUGUUUAGGUGUCGGAUUGGCUGCUAUGGGAACAGCUAGACAAGAUGUUUAUGAACAACUUAAAUUUAACUUAUACCAAGAUGAUGCUGUAACAGGUGAGGCGGCUGGUCUUGCCAUGGGUCUGGUGAUGCUGGGAACAAAGUCGGCCACCGCCAUCGGGGACAUGGUCUCGUACGCCAAGGAGACACAACACGAGAAGAUCCUGCGUGGCCUUGCCGUGGGGAUCUCUCUGACGAUGUACGGUCGACUUGAGGAGGCUGACACUCUCAUUGAAAGUCUGUGUCGGGACAAGGACCCCAUCCUCAGAUGGUCCGGCAUGUUUACCAUUGCUAUGGCGUAUUGUGGCUCGGCUAACAACCAGGCCAUCAGGAGGCUCCUACAUGUGGCAGUCAGUGACGUAAACGAUGAUGUAAGAAGAGUAGCGGUGACCUCCCUUGGAUUCCUGCUGUUCAGAACACCUGAGCAAUGUCCCAGUGUGGUGUCGCUGUUGUCGGAGAGCUACAAUCCACAUGUUCGCUUCGGUGCUGCUAUGGCCCUAGGGAUCGCCUGUGCUGGAACUGGACUCAAGGAAGCUGUUAGCCUGUUGGAGCCGAUGAUAAAUGACCCGGUCAACUAUGUCCGCCAGGGGGCGCUCAUCGCACUGGCUCUGGUCAUCAUCCAGCAGAAUGAGGUCACCUGUCCCAAGGUGAACACCUUCAGAACACUGUUCACUAAGAUCGUCGCUGACAAACACGAUGAUGUAAUGGCCAAGUUUGGAGCCAUCCUUGCUAAGGGGAUCAUGGACGCUGGUGGACGGAACAUGACAGUAUCGCUACAGUCACGGACAGGUCACACCAACAUGGAGGCUGUGGUGGGAAUGUUGGUGUUCACACAGUUCUGGUUCUGGUAUCCUCUUACGCACUUCAUGUCCCUGGCUUUCACCCCCACAUGUCUCAUCAUGCUGAACGAAGAUCUUAAGAUGCCAAAGAUUGAGGUGAGGUCCGGGGCAAAACCUUCGCUGUACGCCUACGCAGCAGCCCUGGAGGAGAAGAAGGACAAAGCCAAGGAAAAGGUGGAGACAGCCGUCCUCAGCAUCACUGCCAAACAGAAGAAAAAAGACGAGAAAAAGGACAAAACGGACUCCGACAAGAUGGACGUUGAUGAAAAGGAUGAAGAAAAGGAGAAAAAGGAAGAAGAAGAAAAGGCUGAAAAAGAAAAAGCAGAAAAAGAGAAGGCAGAAAAAGAGAAGGCUGAAAAGGAAAAGAAAGAGCCUGAACCCAACUUUUUGAUGUUGUCUAACCCUGCACGUGUGAUGAAGGCACAACUGAAGGUGCUCACUCUCCCUGACGGCAGAUAUGUCCCUGUCAAAGAUGUGUCCAAUGGUGGUCUCAUCAUGCUGAGUAAUACCAAGCCCGAGGAGCUGGAGGACAUCAUAGAGCCUGUCGUUGCGGGUGGACCCAAGCCUGAUGAGGAGGAGGAGCCAGAACCACCAGAGCCAUUUGAGUGGACAGAAGAUUGAGGACUUACAUAGGAGGACCAAGUUAAUCAACAGGUGAAUGGACUUACCUUGAAACAAUUCUUUAAUAUUAUUUAGACUGUUUUUAGUGCUUUGAUUGUUAAAAACAUUCAGAAACAUUUACUCUAUCAUUGAAUAUUGUGUUGAAGCUGAGAAAUAGAACUUUUAAAAAAGAAAUUUAUGACUGGAUAGGAAAGACUUAACAGUGCUGUAUUUGAAACACAGAGGACAAACUGGAGAACAUGUGAAUGGAAGACCUUGUUGAUCAGUAACACAGAAUAUAUACCCAGCAUUAUUAAAGUGUUGAUGACUUGACAAACGGAAGAUAUGUCGAUCAGCCUCCCAAAAAACGAGGAGAUCAGAUAAAACGUCAAUAAAGUACGUUUCAGCUGUACUUAUGAUAUCUGUGUGGCAUGUGGUUGUAGUUUAGUACUGGACAACAGUGGAAAAUAUUGUGACAAAUAAAAUCAUUCUCACUUAC